GCGUCACUGAUCUGGCUGAUCGAUUAUGAUCUCCCACCACUCGCUGAGCAACUCUAUGGCUCGUCUCUGGCUGCUCAAAUCACUGCUUGGUGCAUAGAAAAAGUGAACGCAACACCAAGCCAUCGGCCAUUCCGCUGCUCCGCAAGUGAGCGAACCAAUACAGACAUGCACCACCAGAUGCAACAAUCACCAGACCUCCUGGCCAACGUCCAGGGCAAAACGGCUCUCAUCACAGGGUCGGCCAGGGGCAUCGGUGCCGCCACGGCCGCCCUCCUCAACAAGCACGGCGCCAACGUCGUCAUCACCGACCUUCCGUUUCUGCGCGAGUCCGCCGAGGAGCUUAUCACAACCCUCGCCCACCCGGACAAGGCCAUCUUCGUCCCCGGCAGCAUCACCGACUGGGCCCAGCUGCGCAAUGUCUUCAAGCAGGGCGUCGCCAAGUUCGGCGGGAUAGACAUCGUCGUCGCCAACGCGGGCAUCAUGGAGAGCAACACUGUACUAGACGUCGAGGUCGACGAGCACGGCGACCCGCUCGAGUCGUCAGAGGCGGUCAAAGUCUUGGACGUGAACCUCAAGGGCACCUUGAACACACUUCGGCUUGGCCUUCACUACCUCGCCCAAAACCAGCCUUCGUCGCCUGGCGGCGACAAGGGCUCAAUAGUCCUCGUCUCCUCGACGUCAGGCUACUUUGGUACCACCGGCAACGUGGCAUACAUAGCCUCAAAACACGGCACUGUCGGCCUCGUGCGGGCGUCCCAGGCGAAAGCCGCAUCCCUAGGCAUCCGUGUCAACUCGAUUGCCCCGAGCUACACGCCAACGUACAUCACCGCGGGGUUUGGCGACAGCAUCAAGGAGGCCGGUCUCGAGGCGAACACCCCCGAGAUGGUGGGCUCCGCCAUCAUGUAUGCAGCGGUUGACCCGGCAAGGAGAGGGACAUGCUGUCUGGUUGCUGGCAGGUUCCUGCGGGAGCUCGAGUAUACGCAAAAGUCGGUCGUGAACGAGUGGCUAGGACAGGACCUGGCGGAGGCAAUGGCCAAAUUUGGACAGUUUCUCGCAGAGACUGGAGGAUACAAGCUGCCGCCAAGUACAAAGAUUGUGUGAAGCCCGGGCACAGGGCAAUCUCGGAAAGUUCAGUGUCUACUGUUUUAACGCCUUGGCACUAAUUGCAGCAAGCUUCUGUCGAAAACCACCGGUUUGUUGUGGUACGGCGGUCCGCUGGAAGCUGGUAUUAGGACCAGACAUGUUGCAUAAGCCACCAAAAUUAUUCAUGCAAUUUGCAC